AUAUUAUGUUCUCUUACACACCGACCCAGUUGACAUUUUUAAAUAAUAAAACAUACCCAUACUCUCCCAUCCUUCAUCUUCAUCUUCAUCUUCUUCCUUACAUAAUCAAUCACAAUCAAAUUCCAUACAUAAUUCAACUAACAAAAUUUCAUCAUCCUCUUCACCUUCAUCCCCAACCAUGUCCUCUGCAACAACCCCCAAUACCAAAGAGGUCAACAACCAUGUUGACGACGAACAACCCACCACCCGCAGAAUCCGCCACCUGUCCCUCCACCUCAACCCACCCUUCACCCACAACCACCACUACAACCACCAGAUUGAGCUCGGAGCGUGCUCUUCACGCUCCAAGGUGGACGUGAACGCCGGCCAACUCUCAUCCUACUUGCGUGGGAAACACCGUGACGUGCAAGAAAGGGUUUUUGCCUAUUUCAAUUCGAGACCUGAUCUGCAAACCCCGAUUGAGAUCUUGAAGGAUGAUUAUCGGGAACUUUGUAUGCGACAGCUAGUUGGGCUUGUUAGAGAGGCUGGGAUUAGACCCUUUAGAUAUGUUGUUGAAGAUCCUGUUAAGUAUUUUGCCAUUAUUGAAGCUGUUGGGAGUGUUGAUAUGUCCUUGGGGAUCAAAUUGGGCGUUCAGUACAGUUUAUGGGGUGGCUCAGUGCUAAACUUGGGUACCAAGAAACAUAAGGAUAAGUACUUUGAAGGUAUUGACAAUUUGGAGUAUCUUGGUUGUUUUGCCAUGACAGAGCUUCACCAUGGUUCAAAUGUUCAAGGCAUCCAAACUAUUGCUACCUUCGAUCCCGUAACAGACGAGUUUAUUAUCACCACCCCGAAUGAUGGAGCCAUAAAAUGGUGGAUUGGGAAUGCUGCAGUUCAUGGUAAAUUUGCAACGGUUUUUGCUAAACUAAUGUUACCGGCACACGACAAAAAUGCUUUGUCUGAUAUGGGUGUUCAUGCUUUUAUCGUUCCAAUUCGGGAUCUAAAAACCCACAAAACACUUCCCGGAGUUGAAAUAAAUGAUUGCGGUCAUAAAGUAGGUCUAAAUGGUGUAGAUAAUGGUGCUUUAAGAUUCCGUGAUGUUAGAAUUCCACGAGAAAAUCUUCUUAACCGAUUUGGAGACGUGUCAAGAGAUGGAAAAUACACAAGUCCCCUUCCAACUAUAAAUAAACGAUUUGCAGCCACGUUAGGUGAGCUUGUAGGUGGACGGGUUGGGCUUGCUUAUUCUUCAGUUGGUGUACUCAAAAUAGCUGCCACUAUUGCUAUUAGAUACUCGUUACUUAGACAACAAUUCGGGCCUCCGAAACAACCGGAAAUUAGCAUUCUUGAUUAUCAAUCUCAGCAACAUAAGUUGAUGCCAAUGUUAGCCUCGACUUACGCCUUCCAUUUUGCAACCGUGCAUUUGAUUGAAAAAUAUGCUGAAAUGAAGAAAACCCAUGAUGAACAAUUGGUGGCGGAUGUUCAUGCACUUUCGGCUGGACUCAAAUCUUAUGUGACUUCUUAUACGGCUAAGUCAUUAAGCAUCUGCAGGGAAGCUUGUGGGGGCCACGGUUAUGCUGCUGUUAAUCGGUUUGGCAGUUUGAGGAACGAUCAUGAUAUUUUUCAAACAUUUGAAGGGGACAACACUGUUCUUUUGCAGCAGGUGGCUGGUGAUCUGUUGAAGCAAUACCAGGAGAAGUUCCGUGGUGGGACAAUUGCCGCUACAUGGAGUUACUUGAGAGAGUCGAUGAAUACGUAUCUUUCUCAGCCCAAUCCCGUGACCGCCAGGUGGGAAGGUGAAGAUCAUUUACGAGAUCCUAAAUUCCAGUUGGAUGCUUUCCGGUAUCGAACAUCAAGAUUGCUACAAAGUGCUGCAGUCCGAUUAAGGAAGCAUACAAAGACUCUUGGAAGCUUUGGUGCAUGGAAUAGAUGCUUAAACCAUCUUUUGACACUUGCGGAAUCCCACAUUGAAACGGUCAUUCUUGAAAACUUCAUUGAAGCAAUUAAGAGGUGCCCGGAUGCAAAUUCUCGAGCUGCUCUCAAGCUUGUUUGUGAUCUUUACGCCUUGAAUCUCAUAUGGAGUGAUAUAGGAACUUAUCGGAACGUGGACUAUGUUGCUCCUAACAAAGCCAAGGCAAUCCACAAGCUGGCGGAUUAUUUAAGUUUCCAGGUGAAGAACAUUGCUAAAGAACUUGUUGACGCCUUUGAUUUACCCGAUCAUGUGACAAGGGCCCCGAUCGGCAAGCAGUCACCGGGUGAAGCCUAUGCCGAAUACACCCAAUAUGUUGGCUUCUAGCCAUAGAAACCAGAUCAUACAACUCAGGAAAAGAAGUCUGUGCUCAAAGUCUGAAAAUAAGAACAUAAAUGUGGUGAAUUUGUUGCUUUCUUAAAAUUGUUUCGGCUGUUAUUUUUGUGAAAUUACGAUUUACGAAAAUAACACUAGACAUUAUGAAAAUGAUAGUUUGGUCAAAUUA